CAACACUCGUUGAGAGAAAGCAAGCUGUAGCUUUAUCUACAUUUCCACGAGUCUUACUCUACUUUAUUGAAGCGAUAAACGAUAGAGAAAUAUGGAGAACAAAAAUACUAGUGCUGAACAGAAACUAGAAGCUCCCAAAUGCAAAGAGGAUUCACUUCUCCCCAUUGCUGAGAAGGGACUUUUCUUCCACGAUUCCUUCUUCGAGGAUAUUCGGAAGCACUUUGAGACAGCCAUCGACCAAAUCCUGGACACUUGGGGAGAAACCAAGUCCGUGAGUGAUCUGAUGAGUAGCUACAGACGUGUAAGAGAUCGCAAUCUCCAACAGGAGAACCAUGUCAUGGCCUUCAGCGAAGACGACCACAAUCAUAAGGUUGUACUAGAUGUCCAUGACUUCAAGAGUGGAGACGUUAAGGUCAGAGUGGAAGAUAAUCAGGUGGUGGUGGAAGGUCGAGUGGAAAAGGAAGAGGACAAUAGAAAUCACCAGCUGUCACAGAGAUUGCACAGCAGAUGGUUCUUCGAAACUCUCGAGGAAAAUACCUUUACCAAGUACAAAGAUGAUUCACUAUUUGCAACUGUUGUGACCAGUGCAGCUUGA